GCGCGCUGCUUCGAGGCCGGGAGGAUGCUGGAGGCGCAGGCCGCCUUGAAGAAGGCCGCGGUGGGGAGGGGGUCCCUGCUUAGACCUCCUGCCUCCUCCACCACUCUGAAGAAUGCCAGGUGUCCUCAGUCUUUCUCUUUUUCGGGGAGACAUAAUGAAACAACCAGCAAUAGAAACAUGGCAAUUUUGAAUAAUGAUGACGAUGAGGAUGAUGACAGAGUGACUUUGGAUGAAGCCUCCCUCUUAAAUAAGUUGAUAAGAAAAUCUCUAGUGGAAUCCAGUCACAAUGUGGAGGUUCUGCAGCGGGAUCCCAGAUCACCACUGUUUUCUGUGAAAACUUUUGAGGAAUUGCAUUUAAAACCUGAAUUGCUGCAUGGUGUUUAUGCCAUGGGCUUCAAUAGACCAUCCAAGAUACAAGAAACUGCACUACCGAUGAUUCUGGCUGACCCACCCCAAAAUCUUAUAGCACAAAGUCAGUCAGGGACAGGCAAAACGGCUGCUUUUGUUCUGGCAAUGCUGAGCAGAGUAAAUCCAAAACAGAGAUUUCCACAGUGCCUCUGUGUGGCCCCCACCUAUGAAUUGGCUCUGCAAACUGGACGAGUAGUUGAGAAAAUGGGACAGUUCUGUGACAACAUAAGAGUUACGUAUGCUGUUCGAGGGAACAGAUUGCUAAGAGGGAGUGUAGUAGAAGAGCAGAUAGUGAUUGGAACCCCGGGGAGCCUGCUCGAUUGGUGUUUCAAGCUCAAAUUUAUGGAUGUGCGAAAAAUAAGAGUGUUUGUGCUGGACGAAGCCGAUGUCUUGAUGAGCAAACAAAAUUUCACAGACCAAUCUGUCCGUAUUCAAAGGGCAUUAUCAGAAGACUGCCAGAUGCUCCUCUUCUCCGCAACUUUUGAGGACCCUGUGCUGCAGUUCGCUACGCGCAUUGUCCCUGACCCAAACAUUAUUAAACUCCGCCGAGAGGAGCUGACUCUCGAGAAUAUCAGACAGUAUUACUUUCAGUGUGAGAACAUUGAAGAUAAAUACAGAGCUUUGUGCAAUAUUUAUGGCAGCAUCACUAUUGGCCAGGCGAUUAUCUUCUGCCAGACACGUAAAAAUGCCAGCUGGCUCUACUGGUCCUUGACAAAAGAUGGCCACCAAGUGUCGCUGCUGAGUGGGGAGCUGACUGUUGAGCAAAGGGCGGAGGUGAUCCAGAACUUUCGGGAUGGGAAGGACAAAGUCCUCAUCUCGACCAACGUCUGCGCCAGAGGUAUUGAUGUGAAGCAAGUCACAAUCGUGGUCAACUUCAGUCUGCCAACCAAAGCGAUGUAUCUUGCUGAUUUUGAGACUUACCUGCACCGCAUUGGGCGGACGGGUCGCUUUGGGAAGAAAGGCAUAGCGUUCAACAUGGUUGAAAAGCACAACUUACCUCUUCUAUUCUCAAUUGAAGAGCAUUUCAAGAUCAUUAUAAAGAAACUUGAUCCUGAAGAUAUAGAAGCACUGGAAAAUACAGAAGACUGAUUCCCCCCCC